AUGACGUUUGUGAAUUCAGAAGCUAUCCGAACAUCUCGAGUGCUGGACCGUGAAGAACAAAGCACCUACUGGCUUACGGUUGAAGCUAACGACAUUCCGCAAAGUCGUGUGCCAAAGACUGGUGUGCUACAUGUGUUUGUUCGAGUACUGGACAAGAAUGAUCAUCGCCCUGUACCACAGUUGCCGAUUUACUAUGCCAGUGUGAGGGAAAACUCGCCACAGAACAUUGUUUUGGUGAAGAUUGACGCGACCGAUGGAGACGAUGUGAAUCAAGAUUCAUCAUCGCCUUCGCUACGGUAUAAGAUCUCUCAAGGUGACCCACAAAGCUUCUUCAGGAUCGAUCAACAUACGGGUAAAUUUUUGGAAUAA